AAAAAAUUUGCAUGCUUCAUUUUUUCUUAUAUAUCUUCAGUAUAACGUGUCUUUUAUAAAAAUUUUGGUUGUCAACAAAUGUCAUCUAAAAUUUUUUAUAACAUAAAAAAUCGAAUCGACACAUUUUCAUCAAAACGACAAGCCACUUAAGUUGGAAACUCCCGACCUUGUGAAUAAGAUAAAUUAUUUAAUGUAUUCUCUUCACUCGAUUUAUAAUUAUCCCAUAUAAAUUAUAAUGAACGAGUUUAGCAGCAUGCCACAAAAAUCCAUGAGAAAUGAGAAUGAGCGAGGCAAUGUAAAUGGAUUACCAUCAUUGAUUUUUCGUACUGAAAAAGUUUUUGUAGGAAAUUUACCUCCUACAGUUACCCGUACAACUAUGAGAAAACAUUUCUGUAAAUACGGAAAAAUAACAGACUGUGUUAUUAUGGUCAACAAGGAUGGAUCUGGACGUGGCUUUGGUUUUUGUGAAUUUGAGGAUUCCGAAAGUGUUGAUAGGGUUAUACAAGCAUGGAAUGAUCACUUCAUAAAUGGCCAAUGGGUUGAAGUGAAGCGUGCUAGUCCAGAAAAUGGCCUACGAAAAUAUUUAAGGGGAGUGAAAUCAACCAUUCCAACAGCUCAAUGUCUCACAAAUAUGACUGCAACAUCUUCAUUUGGAUAGUGUUUUAGAGAAACUCUAUUUGUUGGUUUAAUUUUUUUUUAAAUUGAAAGAAUUUCAUUAUGGUUUUACUUUUUUAUUUAAUAUUUUUAAAUUACUAUAUUUCUAGAUUUCCUUACUAAUUAAACUCCGAAAUUCGUUUAUUGUUAAAAUAAAGAAAACUGACUAAUACACUAUAGGUUUAAAAACAUGUGUUAUAA